AUAUUUUGAAUUUCGUCUAUCAAAGUAAUCAUUGUCAGUAAUAAUGUCACUUAUCUUUUUCUUGUACCAAGGUUGUAUCUGUUCGUCCGUUUUCUAUUUUCAUAUUUAAAUAGAAAAUAUUCUAAGAAUACAACUUGGACGGGCGACAAACAUUUGAGUAUUACAUUAUAAUAUUGUUCUUAAAUUAAUUAAUGGCAAUGAAGGUUUUAACGAGGCUUCAAGAAAUUCCGGAGUUUAACAGAGAAAACAUCCAUAUUAGAGACGAGACGGAACUAGUCGCGAAGUUAAAUAGAAUCAUAAAAGGCGGACACAACAAAUUGCAGAUAGUGACAGAUUUUGACCAUACGCUGACAAGACACACUUUGGAUAAUGGAAAAUCCGUUCUCACUAGUUUUGGUAUGUUCAGAGAAUGCCCUUCAAUCCCACAACACUAUAAAGACGAGGAUGUCAGGCUAGCAAGUAUAUAUAAGCCCAUCGAGGCCGACCCUGUUAUGACCGUGGAAGAGAAGACCAAACACAUGGUCGAUUGGUAUAUUGCUGCUCAUGCAUUACUCAAAGGAGUACAAUUUCCAAGAAGCGAAUUGACACAUGUAGCUAAUAAAAUGAUAGACAGUUUUAGGAAGGGCGUUAAAGAAUUGAUAAUUUGGAGUCAGACCCAUGAGGUUCCGGUGCUGGUGUUCUCGGCGGGAUUAGGAGAAUCCGUUGUGGCAGCUUUGAAGGCGGCGAAUUUUUUGUUACCGCACGUCAAGGUCGUAUCAAACUUCUUAGCUCUCGACGAGAACGAUAAAAUAGUCGGUAUAAAAGGCGAGGUCAUACACACGUACAACAAAAACGAAACUGCCAUUAAAAACACCGAUUAUUAUAAUUUAGUACAGCAAAGGAGUAAUGUCAUCUUAAUGGGGGAUAAUAUCGGUGACGCCGGAAUGGCUGAGGGAAUGGACCAUUGUGAUGUCGUCGUCAAAGUAGGGUUCCUCGGUCAUAGCGCCGAAGGGAACCUCCCUAACUACAAGAAGAAAUUCGAUAUAGUCCUAGUCAACGAACCAUCUAUGGACAUUGUCAAUGCCAUGGUGAAACUGGUGCUGUGAUUAUGAUUCUAAUUAGUUUUACCAUAAUAGCAAAUGUGAUGUAAUAUUGAAAAUUUUUCUUAGGUACAUAUUGUUAUUGAUCGAUUUAUGUUUUUUAUGACAUUUGACAUUUUCAGAGUUGUGAAAUUUGACGCUUUUAAUAAACCGUCAGAUUACCACAAAUUUUUUCUAAAAAAUUUACAUCAUAAAUAUUUUGGAAGUUCAUCGGCAUAAUUAUGUUUACAUUUUUAGAAUAAUAUUCUAUUUAAAAAGGAGUAUAAUCUAAACGAUUUCUACCUCAGUCGGAAAGGGCAUAUUAGAUUCGGUACGUAGUAAAUUUAAUAAUAAAUUAAUUAAUUAAUUAAAUAAUAUAAUAAUUUAAUAAAUUUACGUAUGAACUAAUAGGCCCACAAAUGAAGCUGUAUAGAUAAAAUACAGCAGAGUUUAAAAGACUUUUAACUUUUAUUGGUUGUAAAUAUACAUAUGAAUCAAGUAUAUAAGCAUAUGUGGUAGUUUUGACGUAAAUUUUUUGUCGUUUACAAGGAGAACACUACUGUUUUUAUUUUUUAUUGUUAAUAUUUGUAUUAUAUAAAUUGUAUAUACAAUGAAAUCGCCCUAACUCGCGUAAAAUUUGAAUGAUUAUAAGAAAUGAUGUAUAGUAUUAAAACUGGCCUAUUAAAUUUUACUAAACUAUUCAAGCAAUGUAUGUAUUUAUAAUUUGUCUGUGCUAUGUCUGACGAAAAUUGCGGGUGAAAAAUGAUUUAUCGUAAAAGUUAGUUUUAGCACAUUCAUCUUAAAAAUUAGGGCGUCUAGAAACGAUCAUGAUAGAAUGUUUUUUGUUAGAUAUUCUUCAUAGCAACUCCACAUUAUCAUAUUAAUUAAUUUAUAUAAACAAACAUUGAUAGUUUGUUGUUGCCAAUCAAACUUUGUAAUUAUUUGUUUUCCUCAUGAACACUGAUAACAGAACAUAUGUUUUCAUAUAUUUACAUAAUUAGUCUUGUUUUAUUUACUGAGUUUAUACUUUUAUUUAAUUAAUGUUUUUGUUAUCGUUCUAAUGUAACAGUUUUCGAAAACAAAAAAAAUAAAAAUUUUGUAUUAAUGUUGUGAAUAGCAAAAAAUAUGUUUAAAAUUUAAAUAAACAAUAUUGUUGACAGUCAUUAAUUAAUAUAAAAUCUUAUUUUGUGAUUAUUUGAUGCAAUGUGCAUAGUGAAAUAAUAAAUCUGACAGUUUGAUGAAUAAUUUGAUUUUAAAGAAAAGGUUUGUGUUUGAUAAUGGAUGACGUUGUUUGUGCAAUAUUUCCGUUUUUGGGAGUGAUCAAAAUAUCCUGUUAACUGUGUUAGCAUCAUAACUUUCUGCAAUUUUUGUAUGCUUAUUUGCUAAGCUUUUCUGUGCAAAUGAGCUAGAGGCCAAUUUGGGUUUAAAUUUUUUUGCUGUAACCCAUAAAUUCUACAGUGGGAAGGAGUUUGACCAUCUAGAACUCUAUGUUCACUCAGCUACCUACUGUGGUAAUGGAAUCUUACCUCUAAACCAGAAUGCCUUUUUUUUAUAUUGCUUAGAUGGGUGGACGAGCUCACAGCCCACCUGGUGUUAAGCGGUUACUGGAGCCCAUAGACAUCUACAACGUAAAUGCGCCACCCAUCUUGAGAUAUAAGUUGUAAGGUCUCAAGUAUAGUUACAACGGCUGCCCUAUCCUUCAAGCCGAAACGCAUUGCUGCUUCACGGCAGAAAUAGGCAAGCGGUCGUACCUACCCGCGCGGACUCACAAGAGGUCCACCAAUAAUUAUGCUUAUGAGCUGUUGCAAUAGUAAAAUCAGUUUUGCGAUAUUUAUGGGUACCAAUAUGCACUCGCCUUAACAUCAGGUCAGCCUGAACGUCAAUUAAUUUAUUGCAAAAAUAAUUAAAUAUUUCAAAAUUUUGAUUCUUAUCCCUUUUAAGUGCGGUUGGUGUUGUACCUUAGCAAUAUUUCGUGAGUUUUUUUUUUUCGUUUUAAACGACUAAAUUAUAAUUAUUGUUAUUAAUACAUUAAUGAAUCUAAGUUAUUGUUUAUAACAAUUGCAGUCGUUUAUCGGCGUACAAUGUUAAUGAUUUUUGAAUUAGUUUAAUGUUUUUUUUUAUGUGAUAGUAGUUUCGUGUUUGAUUUAACACAAAUUAAUAUUAAAAAUUCUAAAAUUAACUAGAAAACUCUUGACAUUUUCGGGUUAUAGGUUAUUUAAAACUCGAACCGACUUUUUAUAAUAGGGUAUUUGACUGCAUGGAAAAUAUAAGUAUACAUUUCCAAGUAUUCCUGAAAGAUAAUAUGACUACUUACUAUUUUUAUAGUAAAAAAUUGAAUUUAAAUUACUUUUAUAUUUUAGGUUAAUAUGAAAACUAUUUUGAUGAUUCCCAUAAAAUGUCAAAUACCCUAUCAUGGUUAUUGGUCUAUGGUCGAUUCGGCAACUCUAAGACCAAGAAGACGGUCCAGUAAAUAAAUGAUUCUUUCAUAAUUAAACUCACUUCAAUUUUGUUUUCAAUAAGUAUUUGGUAUUCGAAACAUCUUCUAGUCAUGUAUCGAACUGACAAGGCACUUAACAGUUGAUGAAUAUGAAAACUGUAAACAAAUAUUAUUAUAUAUAAAUGUAAAUAUUACAUGUUUUAAAAUCGAUUCUUACAACAUGAAAACAUUGUAAAUCACAUAAUUUAAUACACUACUAAUAAAUACA